CGUACAGUUAAUCAUGAAGCCACGGUUUAGUUCAGUUCUGUUCCUGUUGCUGGCCUUCGUUGUGUCCAGCCAGGCGUUCUUUUUCUCACAUCAUCAUCCCAAAGUGACCUACAAGCGGGCUCUCUACAGUGACAUAGGCUAUGGUUAUCCGUUGAUUCCGCCCACGAUCUCAUUCGCUCCGACGAUAACGCGCCACACUCACACCCACUCGACGGUGGCUCAGCCUGUUCCGGUUCCGGUUCCGACUCCGGUUGCCGUUCCCGUAACGCGCCAUGUGAGUGUCCCGGUGCCUGUUCAUGUUCCCGUUCCCGUUGAUCGACCUGUUCCGCAACCGGUUCCGGUUUCGGUUCCAGUGCCGCAGCCCUAUCCGGUUCAUGUGCCCGUUGAUAGACCGGUAGCAGUUCCGGUGCCACGGCCGUAUCCAGUUACUGUUACAAGAACCGUCCCGGUGCCGGUGCAUCAACCUGUCCCGUACCCACAACCAGUGCCUGUGCCACAGCCCAUUCCAGUGCCUCAGCCUGUCGCGGUUCCAGUUCCAGCUCCCGGACCAGCCAUCGCCGUGGGACCACCACUUCUUCCAGCCGGACCAGCAUUCCUGCCUGGCCCAGCAAUUGCCGCCGCUGGACCAGCCCUGCCUGUGGGCCCUGCUCUACUUCCUGGACCUGGUCUACUUCCGGCUGGCCCCGGUCUGAUUCCCGCUGGACCCGGUGGACCUUACGGCCUGGGUGGGGUCAGUUCCGUUGGACCCAUCAUCGGUGGGGGCGGACUCAUUGGAGGCGGGCUGAUCACCGGUGGAGUUCUUGGACCGGCUGCUGGUGGCUUCGGCUAUGGAGGCUUCCACAAGUUCCUCUCCAAACGUGCCGCUACCAACAACUGAUUCGUGAUUUUUUUGGCAACCAAUCUACCAAGAAAACCUAGUCCGAUAAGACACCUGACUGCCCGAUGCCGAUUGUCGUAUACCUAUAAUGGAAGACAUAAAACGCAUGAAGCCAUAGAUUCCGCGAUUACGAAAACGCAUGCCUUUUUCUAAGGGAGAAGGAGGAGGAGGAGACACUAAGCUAAGUCACAUAAUAGAUACCAAUACCUAGUAAAUAUACUUAGAAGAAAAUUCCAUUUCUGCCCCGCUAAAGAUGUCAUUGCAAGUUGAGCGAGUGCGCGCGCAUCGCAAAUUAUUGCAUCAUGACGAUGACAAACCAGACCGACCUGGGCUGGCACCUGACGGCGAUUGACCAUCUGAGGAAAAACUAGGUCUUCUCCAAAGAUUGGCCUCUCAAGCCAUUGCGAUGGUGGUGGAUCUUCAACGAUUUUGCCCUGCCAAGCGAAGCUUCGAAGCAUCGCGUCACGAGAAUUUGUCUUCCCGCCGUCGUAGUUUGUGCUUAGUUUUUAAUGUUGUUUUCACCUCGUUUUCUUGUUGUUAAUGUAAGCUUGAAGCAACUUUAUCAUAACUAUGGAAUGGAAUUUUAAGCCCGCGUGGGCGCAAGCGCGAGAAUAGUAUGCGCAACCACCCUUGAAGUACCUGUGUGUGCAUGUAGAAUUUAAGCUUGUAGUGUUACUCAUUAUUGAAGCACCAAAAGUGUCACCACGAGUGGACCAGAGAUCGAAAGUGAACCUAAAAUAUAUACAUUCAAAGAAAAAAAUAUAAAGUAAAAUAAACCACCAUAUAUACAGCAGAGCAGACAAGUUGAUUGUUGUUG